AUGGAUGAUAUGCAGGAAAAUGGCGACACUGCGCUAUGGGACGCACUUGCAUUGGCGGCGGAUCAUCUGGUCGAAGAAGGUGGACGUUACCCCGGGAUCAAGAAGAGGAUCAUAUGCCUUUCUGAUGGCCAUGAUACCAGUUCAACCCAGACGGCAGCGGACGUUUCUCAAAUACCGAUCCAGCAUGGCAUCGUGGUGGACUCGGUUUGCAUAGAGAAGGAGGAAAACCGGGAGCUGCGAUCGGUCUCGUGCUAUGCAGGCGGAUACAAAUUCACACCCACGUCUCUCGAACAGACUGCUAUCUUGUGCGACCUUGAGCCGGUGUUGUCGAUCCAUGAACGACCACGAGGGCCUCGAACCAUGUCUGCUCGACUUCCCAUUUCUCACCUCGCAACUUACGCCGCAAAGCCAGACCCCGUCUUCAUAUCUGAUUUUCCUGCCCGCAAGACACAUGAGAAUCUGCACGACACAUUCGUUCCGGUCAGCCGCAUCGAAAGAAUGACACACGCAACAUUGUCCGAGCAGCCACGCUCUGCCCCGAGCUCGACCUCAUCGAUUCGAACUAACAGACUUCUGGGAGAAAUCCGCGCUAUUGCCGAUCAGCCUCAUCCCUCGUACGAUGUAUAUUCAUUUCUGAGAACAACGUGGGUUUCUGGAAUAUAG